AUGGAAUCCGAACCUUCACUAGACACGUAUGCCUGGGAGACAAUGUCGGAGAGUCUGAAACUUGCUUCUGUUUGCGCAGUUGCUCUCGGAGCUCUGGACGAUAGCUUACUCUCCCGCCUCAGAAUUCUGCUUAGCACAGAAUCUCCCAUCUCGGAUAGCCUGGUUCAAGUUGCUGCCCUGAAGGCUAUCACGGUGCUCGUACAACACUUCCCAGAAAAUGCAUCGUCGAUGGCCAUUCAUUUACGCCGCUUCAUCACCUCUCCUCUUCCCGCCUUCGAGUUUGAGUUCAUCAGCGAAACGCGCGCCCCAGCCACUCUCGCCGCAGCUGCUAAAUGUUUUGCUCUUUGCAUGAAGCUCGCUCCAGGGGACGACCUCGUUAUGUCUAACAUAUACUCCCUACUCAAUUAUAUCGCCGCUACCAGCAAGGAGACGUACGAUGUCAAUGGACCCUUGAACGGCGGCAUGAACGGCUCAGACCACAACACGCUCUACUCGAUCGAAACCGGUUUGCGUGCUUAUACGGAAGAUGAACGCAGGCUUAUCGGUAUCAGCACCAUAUCCGUCGUGGCAAGGUUGGCCUUGGACUUUAAAGAAGAAGAGGUCACAAAGCUCACUAUAGCGAUGCUCGUUCAACGUCUUCGUGCAGCAGAACCUACAGUGGAGGCAGCUAUCGCCCACAAUCUCGUCGACUUAGCGUUGGCCGCUCCUGAAGAAUCCUUCAUAGACAUAAUUCGGGCUUUCUCUACACUCAACCUUUCCGCAAACAUGGACGACCCUCGUUUCUCGAACAAUAUGGUCCUCGCGGCGCAGACCAGGCUCGCUCAAGAAUUGCAUCAACGACCAGAGUUCUACGACAUAUACCUCCUCGAGCUAUUGACGCUAUUCCGCGACAAAGGUGUGGCGAUCCAGAACAUUUCUGCCUCCGUUCAUCAAAACAAGGUGGAAGAGAUGAUCGAGCAGUUGGUCUCGCUCUUGUUACCCAUCGAUGCUCUCCUCGGUCACACGGGUUAUCAUCCGGAGAAUACCGCCACGCCAGAAAUGACUGCCCAAUUCCGGGACAUGUGGUUCUUGUGCACUCUCUUCGACUUCUACGCCUCGGACGAGAAGGGUGUCUCUGCCACGGAUUGGAGAAGACCGGCUCUCUCUCGCAUAGCUGUGAAAGCCCCAGCACUGGUGUCGGAGGAAGCCCAUGAAUCACUUGCUAGUGACAUUGAGUAUAGCAAUGUUCUGCGCCAGGACUAUGCGCGAACGAACUCGCCAAGGCACCGUACCGCGCUCUCGAAGUAUCUACCGAACCAUUUUUCGCAGAUUCGUUACCUCUCACCGGCACAGGUCGUUCUCUUGCUCACAAUGCACCAAGUCGAGAGCAUGCGAUCAGCUACCGGGCGCCCAGCUUCCCUAGUGCAGUAUUUCGUCAACAACAGUGUCAAUCAGCAGACCGAGCUGAGUACUUGCAUGCAGUCAAUGGCGAUCAGGGUUAUGGAUGGCUCGGAGCUCGAGUUAAGCGUGCAAGCGAGGAACCAAGUGUUGCCAGAACCUCUAUCGAAAGAGCUUCAGAAACUGCUUGUCGGAAGCACACACCGUGUAGCCAAGGCCCGAGAUGUUGCGUUCCAAUAUCUCAAUCGGCUGCUCGUCUCAUUCCCGUCUCUGCUGUGCGACCCGCCAUUGGUUUUCGCUAUCUUGGAAGUUCUAACUCUUCUACGUCGCUCAUGCGAAAACGAAUUGAUUGACGAGUACAAUCCAGUCUACGAAUUCUACUCCGAAAGGGCGAACAUAACGCUUCAGCUCAGCGAUGAUUAUCAAGUGCGAGACGAGAUUCUGGGCAAGCUUGAGCGCAGUACGAACACCUGGUUUGACCUUGCCAUCGGCCGCGCUCCGAUGGAGCUCCAAACCACUUUGCAGAAAUACCUCGCCAUUAAUCAGUCAUUGACGCCGGUGGACUCUGUUGAUUUGGGUGCCUCGAUUGCCGAACGAUUUGGCAAAGUCAUAGGACCGGUUGAGCGGAAGCUCUCUUCUCUUGCCACUUUGUCGAAGCACAAGCCGGACCGUGCGAAGACCCUGACUAGCCAGAUUGCGUCCAAGGCGUACUUCGCUGGCGAAAUUGCAGGGCUUCGCCUUGCAAGCCGACGCGGCCAAAACAUCGAAACGGCCCCUACAGACGAGGAUCCUGUUGCUGACAUCGAAGCUCUCAAACAGACACUCGUCAAGACCCUCGAUGAUGUCCGCGAGAGACACAGUAGUUUCACCAUCCAGGACGUUAAACGCUUGCUCUUCCGUUGCUCCUCUGCCAUUAUCGCUAUGUCCAAGUAUGAUCAUACCCUGGUGCACCUCUGUGUCAUGCUACCGUUCGAGGUCUUCACGCCGGCAUCGAUCGCGGCUGCAAUUGAAGUCUGGACAUGGGUUAUCUCAGAGCGCCCUGAAUUCGAGAUCGCUAUGAUGACCGAAAUUCAGUCGGCUUGGAUGAUGUCGAUUAAACAUGGCAGAGGCCUCUUCUCACCAACUUUGAAUUACGACGAUCCCUUCUACCAUCCGAUUGAUUAUGCGCCCACCGACAAGGAGAUCCUCGACAGACUCACCAACAACGCCCGUCGCCACCUUGGGCCACAUACCUUGAUUCUGCAGAUGUUCUUCAGUCGUUUGCAGGCCGCACGCUAUCGCAAGCCUGGGAUCAUGUUCCUCUUGCAACGCAUGGUGCUCUAUUCUGCCAGGGCCCACCGAAACCUUAGUACUCAUGCUCUGGCUCGAGAACCAAGAUUCUCGUUCUUACUGCUCGCAUUCGAAACGUUGCGCAGCUCCAGGCUUGAUACGUUCUGCGAGCACAUCCUUCGGGAAAGUCUUUAUGUUGCCGCGUUCUCCUGGUUCGCUGUCCGACCACAAUGGUCUCAUGGAGCGAAUCGGCUGCAAAUGGAGGCUGACAUCAAGAUAUUGAGCGAAUUUUUGUCCAUGCUGAAGCACGAUUCUGCGAGGCUGUCGCACCACAUCUCCAGUCUGUCUGCAGUUCAGGCAGCCGCCAUGGAUUCAAGUGAGCAUCUCUCGAGCAUGAGCACCCCAUUAAAGCUCCUUGUGGAGAAUGAGAUGUAUCGACUCUCCGUGUGGGCGAAUCCCGUCGGUGAAGCUAAGCGAGGACAUGACUACGCACAGACUGUGGAACGCACCAUGGUAGAACACACUUGGAUAGCCGCCAUUCGCACCGUAUGGGAGGUGGACCCCGCCAUUGCCAUCCAUUUUGCGGAGCGAUUCAAGCACCCUGUCGUCACGAAUGAAGUGGCGCGGUCCGUCCGUUCAGAACCUCGCAAACUGCUUCAUGUAGCAGACGCUCUGCAAUUCUUGGUCGGUGAUAAGUUGGACGCCAGCGUUCAUCGCGAUCUAAAGUAUCUACUCGUCUGGGACCCUGUACCUCCUGUCAUCGCCGUGUCGUAUUUCGAGCGUCGGUUCCAAAACAACCCGCUCAUUCUUCAGUAUGCGCACCGAACCCUAGAGCAACAUCCAGUGGACCUCUCUUUCUUCUUUGUUCCUCAGAUUGUGCAGGCUCUGCGCUACGAUGACCUUGGCUACGUCCAGCACUUUAUAUUCGAAGCAGCAAAGAUCUCGCAGCUGUUCUGCCAUCAGAUCAUCUGGAACAUGAAGGCUAACUGUUACAAGGACGAUAUGGCUGAAGUCGAGGACCCUAUGAAACCCGCCCUCGACGCUAUGACUGACCAGAUCGUGGACUCGCUCUCCGGAGAAGCGAGAGACUUCUAUGACCGAGAGUUUGGUUUCUUCAAUGAGGUCACCUCCAUCUCAGGGAAGCUCAAGCCUUAUAUCAAGAAGACCAAGCCGGAGAAAAAGGCCAAGAUCGACGAGGAGAUGGCGAAGAUUGUUGUCGACGUUGGAGUUUACCUACCCAGUAACCCAGAUGGUCAGGUCAUUGACAUCGACAAGAAGUCUGGCAGGCCUUUGCAGAGUCACGCCAAGGCACCGUUCAUGGCCACGUUCAAAGUUCGCAAGCAAGAGGUUAUCAUCAGCGAAGAUCCCGACGCGCUUACCACCGACGACGAGGGCGAGCGCCGCAGGGUCCACGACGUCUGGCUUCAAGCUAUCUUCAAGGUUGGAGACGAUUGUCGUCAAGAUGUCCUUGCUCUGCAAGUCAUCGCGAUGUUCAAGAACAUCUUCACAAGCGUUGGACUGACUCUGUACCUGUACCCGUACCGAGUUACUGCGACUGCUCCAGGGUGUGGCGUCAUCGAUGUCGUCCCCAACGCCACUUCUCGUGAUGAGAUGGGUCGUGCUAAAGUAAACGACUUGCUCGAUUUCUUCGUCGCCAGAUACGGCGGCCAAGACUCCGUCGCGUUUCAAAAGGCCCGCUUGAACUUCAUCCAAUCCAUGGCUGCGUACUCCCUCGCUUGCUACAUCUUGCAGAUCAAGGAUCGUCACAACGGUAACAUCAUGAUUGACGGCGAGGGCCACAUUGUCCACAUCGAUUUUGGGUUCCUGUUCGAUAUAGAUGAGUCCUUCUCCCAUCCCAUUGGUGUCAAAUUCGAACCUUCAUCUUUCAAAUUGAACCACGAAAUGGUCGUGCUCAUGGGCGGCCGCUACUCCCAAGGCUACGCCCUCUUCCAACAACUCACCGUCAAAGCAUUCCUCGCCAUCCGACCCCAUGCAGAACAGCUUAUCAGCACCGUGCAGCUCAUGCUCGAUACGGGUCUGCCCAGUUUCAAAGGUGAGGGCACGAUAAAGAGGUUGAGGGAUAGGUACGCGUUGGGGUUGAAUGAGAGGCAGGCCGCGGAGUGGAUGAUGGCUAUUGUGAAGAAUGCGCAUGAGAACGUGAGGAGUACGGCGUAUGAUGAGUUCCAGAGGGUAAGUUUCGCAAAUUUUCUCUUCUUUGAGGGAGAACUGACGAAUCUUCAUUGGGUCGGUUGCAAUUAUAGCUUCAAAACGGUGCGUUGA